CACAGGGCCGCCCGUCCCCGUCCCCGCCCGUCCCCGCGGCGGCUGUCGCGGCUGCGAAAUGACUUCAAUUAACGGAGGGCCGGGACCGCCCCCCCCUCCCAUCCCGUCCCUCGGGACCCCCCCGGCCGCUCCCGGGGCCGCGGCCCCGUCUAUAAGAGGCGGAGGGCGGCGGGCGGGGGGCGGCGGCGGCGAUGGCAGCGCGGGCGGUGGUGACGGUGCUGCUGCUGCUGCUGGCGGGGACCGCUCGCACCGCCCGCGCCUGUCCCGGCCCCCCCCGCCCCGAUCCGCUCCAGGACGGUCCCGGUGCCUCCGCUCCGUCGGGUCCGUCCGCUCUGAGCGCGCUGCUCCGCUCCAUGGGGCGCUCCCGGCUCAGCGCUGCCCCAGAGCUGCAGCCGCAGAGGUUUCCCCGUGGGCCGGGGGCUCCUUCGUGGCUCAGCCCCCGCAGCUGGGACCCCCCCACUGCUCCGUUCUGGACCAUGGCCACCCCGCAGCGCUUCGGCCGCCGCCGCUGAUCGUCCGUCCCCGGAGCCGUCCGUGGGUCCGUCCGCCUGCAUGGGUCUGUGCGAGUCCGUCUGUCCUGGGGUCCCUCUGUCACCCAAUAAAGUGGCGCCACCAAA